AACAAAUUAAAAAACGAUAGAUAACAGCUGUUGGAUUGAGGUUAGGUCAAUGUGUGAUGUGUCAUGUGACUUUCAUCGACUGGGAGGCAACUUGCAGCUUGACACUACUUGUGUAAAUCACGGAACAAGACGGCUCGCCGAUAUUACAGGAAACACUGUUAUCAAGGACCAACAUAAAUCUAUCAGCUGGUGCUUCGCAAAAUGUCUUCAGAUUUCCCUGCUGUCGUCUACUUAAAUGUGGGUGGACGACAUCUGACAACCACCCUGUCCACCCUCACCAAGUACCCGAACUCCAAGUUGGCCGGCAUGUUUAGUGGAAGGCACCCGGUAGCCAAGGACAAAGAUGGCCGCUACUUUAUUGAUAUGGAUGGAGAUGUGUUUGUUCAUAUCCUCAACUUUCUGAGAAUCGGGACAAUGCCUCCUCCUGAAAGAGCUAAAGAAGUUCGGGAUUACGCAAGUGGCUUUGGAUUAAACGUCCUGUUUACAGCCAUUGCAAGAAAGAUAGGAAAGGCUCCAUGACAUUUGUUUCCUGGUCACAAUUUGGGAUACGUGAAAAGGGAACUCAGGAAUUUUUACUUUUCUUCAAGGUAUAUUUGUCAUUGCAUAUGGACCGCCCAAUGUUCAUGUUUUAUGAAUGGCUGUCAACGUCAGCUUUCUGGGGUGCCUCAGAUUGACAUACGCAUUUCUGGUCUUGAUAAAGAUAAGGAGAUCUCCGUUGCUCAAUCUACUGGCACAUGACUUACAAUGUCUGGAUAUCUUCACAAAUGAGAAAGAAAUAACAAACGACUGUAACUGUGUCGUUGCAAUGAUAUUUCGAAUUGCCAAUGCACCGAAGAGUACACUGAAUGAACUCAAAUGAUUAAACAACGCAAUCAACAGAAAUUCGCAUUUCGUCUAUUUCUGAAGCGAACGUGCAUGUAUUUUACUUUUACUUUCCUUCAAAGAGGGUGUAGACGAUGGUGGCGAUAUGUCCGGUGUGGGGAUCAUGGCCUAUCACGUCAGGGUGGAUAUCAAUCAUUAUGCCACAAGGUUAUUACAUUGUUAACACAAAUAACCUUGUUAUAUUCCUACUUUUUAUGCUUUGGAGACUAUAAGUGCCUUAGAUUUAUAUAUACUGACAUGCGGAUAUAUGGGAAUGGCUGUAUAACGAAGACAAUACAAUAUACAUGUACCCUAAAGUCGAACGGUUAAAUGUUAAUAAGUAAAUACACUUAACGUGAUUGUGUAACAUAGCCAUUUAGCUUUCGUUUAUGCUUCCAAAAACCAAAAGCAAAUUAGGCCACGCCCAUAACCAACUAAUGCUUCCUGAUUGGCCGAUUAGAGUGGGCUGGGUUUGUUUCGCAUUAUUGCGCUGAUCGUUUUCACUGAUCUCGUAUUCUUAUAUGCAUUUUUGUUAUGUUAAUGAUUAAAUAAAUAGUGUGUGAAGUUAAUAUUGUUGACUUAUAUAUUUAAUCUUCGUACCUAG